GCACCAUCCCAGAGCAGCUAUCCCCAGCCAGGCACUGUCAGGGGCCGUUUUCUGUCUGGAAGGCCUGAGGACAUAAACGUAGAAGAUGUGUGAAGAAGAGGACAGCACUGCCCUUGUUUGUGACAAUGGGUCAGGGCUCUGUAAAGCCGGAUUUGCUGGGGACGAUGCUCCAAGAGCAGUUUUCCCUUCCAUUGUGGGUCGUCCCAGGCACCAGGGUGUGAUGGUUGGUAUGGGUCAAAAAGACAGUUACGUAGGUGAUGAGGCUCAAAGCAAGAGAGGAAUCCUGACCUUGAAAUACCCCAUAGAACAUGGCAUCAUUACGAACUGGGAUGACAUGGAGAAGAUCUGGCAUCAUUCUUUCUAUAAUGAGCUCCGUGUUGCACCUGAAGAACAUCCGACUCUACUGACUGAAGCACCAUUGAAUCCCAAAGCCAAUCGAGAGAAAAUGACCCAGAUUAUGUUUGAGACGUUCAAUGUGCCUGCCAUGUAUGUAGCUAUUCAAGCCGUUCUGUCCCUCUAUGCUUCUGGACGUACCACAGGGAUUGUGCUUGACUCUGGGGAUGGUGUCACCCACAACGUGCCAAUUUAUGAAGGCUACGCCUUGCCGCACGCCAUCAUGCGUCUGGACCUGGCUGGCCGUGACCUGACAGACUACCUCAUGAAAAUCCUGACGGAGCGUGGCUACUCCUUUGUGACCACUGCGGAGCGUGAAAUUGUCCGUGACAUCAAGGAGAAACUGUGUUACGUGGCCCUGGACUUUGAAAAUGAGAUGGCCACUGCUGCCUCUUCCUCCUCUCUGGAAAAAAGCUAUGAGCUUCCUGAUGGUCAGGUGAUCACUAUCGGAAAUGAACGCUUCCGCUGCCCAGAGACCCUCUUCCAGCCAUCUUUCAUUGGCAUGGAGUCUGCUGGCAUUCAUGAAACCACUUACAACAGCAUCAUGAAGUGCGAUAUAGACAUCAGAAAGGAUCUUUAUGCCAACAACGUGCUGUCUGGAGGCACUACAAUGUACCCAGGUAUUGCAGACAGGAUGCAGAAAGAAAUAACCGCCCUGGCUCCCAGCACUAUGAAGAUCAAGAUCAUUGCUCCUCCUGAACGUAAGUACUCUGUCUGGAUUGGAGGCUCUAUUCUUGCUUCCCUGUCUACUUUCCAGCAGAUGUGGAUCAGCAAACAGGAAUAUGAUGAAGCUGGACCAUCCAUUGUUCACCGCAAGUGCUUUUAAAUUGCUUUAUCUUUUAUAUGUCUCCUUAGUGUAUUACUGUGAAUGUAUUCAGGAAAAUACAUUCUUACAAUUUCAUUCAUAAAUCCUCCAUCGUAAUGGCUCUAAUUAAUUGGAUGCUAUGUAUUUUUUUUUUUAAUAAGUUUUAAAUAUGCUAUGAAA